GAGAGAGAUCGUCUUCAAUCGCGUGGCACCUCAACACCGCCACGCGCCUCCUCCUCCCCUCCCCUCCACUCCGCGAGCCGCCACCUCCUCCGCCGCCGACGACGACGACGACGCCGCAUCCCCAACCCUAGCCGCCGCUCGGCGGUGCUGCGACGUAGGAGCGGGUCUCCUCUCUGCAUGAUCCGUUAGGGCUACCGAGCCGAUCGACCGGCGGGCCUAAAACCCUAGCCGAGAGAGGCUGCGGGUUGGGUGGGGGUGGGGGCGUGCUCGACUCUCCGGCGGCGCCAUGAAGCUGACGGUGAAGACCCUCAAGGGCACCCAGUUCGAGAUCCGGGUGCAGCCCAACGACACCAUUAUGGCUGUCAAGAAGAUCAUUGAAGAGAUACAAGGAAAGGAUAGCUACCCAUGGGGCCAACAGUUGCUGAUUCACAAUGGCAAGGUUUUGAAAGAUGAAAGUACAUUGGAAGAGAACAAAGUCAGUGAAGUUGGGUUUUUAGUUGUCAUGCUUAGUAAGAGUAAAGCUUCUGGUUCCAGUGGAGCUUUAAGUUCACUGACUUCAAGCACCCCUUUGACCAGGCAAGAAACUCCUGCGGAUGCUUCACGAGCAGCUCCUCAACCCCUAGUUGCACCUACAAGAACACCCCAGCCCGAAAGGCCACCUGCGGAAGCCCCUUCAAACGCAUAUGGUCAAGCAGCAUCAAAUCUAUUGUCGGGAAGCAAUCUUGACACUACGAUUAACCAGCUGAUGGAAAUGGGUGGUGGCAGUUGGGACAGAGAUAAAGUCCAAAGAGCUCUACGUGCAGCUUAUAACAACCCAGAGCGUGCUGUUGAAUAUCUAUAUUCUGGCAUUCCAAUUACAGCGGAGGUUGCUGUUCCAGCAGGUGGUCAAGGGGCAAACACAACCGAGCCAUCUUCUACUAGGGAAGCCAGUCUGUCUGGAAUUCCAAACGCAUCCCCGUUAAAUCUUUUCCCACAGCAGGGCGAUGCAAAUGAUGGAGGUGGUGCUGGUGGUGGAACACUUGAGUUCCUUAGACAUAACCAACAGUUUCAGGCGCUUCGGGAAAUGGUUCAUACUAACCCACAAAUAUUGCAGCCUAUGCUCCAGGAACUGAGCAAGAAGAAUCCUCAACUUCUGAGGUUGAUUCAGGAGAACCAUGAUGAGUUCCUUCAGUUAAUAAAUGAGCCCUUUGAUGGUGCUGAUGGGGACUUCUUAGACCAACCUGACCAGGAUGAGAUGCCCCAUUCUAUCAAUGUCACACCUGAAGAGCAAGAGGCGAUUGGACGGCUUGAAGGCAUGGGAUUUGACAGAGCACGUGUCAUCGAAGCAUUCUUCGCCUGUGACAGGAACGAGCAACUCGCAGCAAAUUACCUUCUUGAACAUGCUGCUGAUGAAGAUUAGAUGGAAUUAUUUAAACCCGCUUAUUCUGUACACCUGCCCUGCAAUUUAUCAGACUUUUGAAGUUUGCGGGUGCUUUGGAUCCAAAUUGAACAAGCUGAGAUGGAGCUAACACCGCGUUGCAUCGAUUUAUCUCUUGUACAAUACUUGCUUUAUUUAAUUGCUGGCUUAGCAUUCAAAUACAUGGCUUAACAUUUAUUCGAGCUGUCUGAGGGACGGAUCCUUUUGUCCAUCCGUUUUUAGCCAGAAAUUUCAAUGGAUGUGAAUUGUGUUGACCACAUUUUCUGUCCUGUUUGUGUUAUUCAAUUCGUGAUUUCUAGAGCAGUAAA